CUCUCUCCCAUAGCUUCAUUGUAUGGCUCAUCAGCUUAAUUCCACGGUAAUUAGUACAGCUCUGAACACCCGCCCUUGUUCUUGAAGAUUGGUACUAAUAUACCCCGUCUCCAUUCUUCUGGCAUCUUGUUUGCCCGAAAAAUGAGCUUGAAAAGCUUGGUUAGCCAUACUAUCGCUAUGUCCCCGAGGCCUUUCCACACCUCAAUGGGGAUACAAUCAGGACCCAUCGCCUUGCCUUCUUUCAUCCUUUUUAACGCCUCCUUGACCUCAAACUCCUGGAUUCGCCGCACAAAAGGCGUGUCGGUCUCAUCAAAGGAGUCGUCUAGUUGAAUGGUAGAACUCUCAUUCUCCCCAUUGAACAACUUGUCAAAGUACUCCCGCCAUCUAAUGCUUAAUCUCUCCGUCCUUGAUGCAUUUGACUUGGCCAGUAUCCCUCGUCUUCCUCUCUCGAAUCUUGGCCAUCUUAUAGAUGUCCCUUUCACCUUCCUUUGUGCCUAACCGUUGGUAGAGGUCCUCAUAUGCCCGAACCCUCGCUUCAUUGACAGCUCGCUUUGCGCCCUUCUUCGCCAUCUUGUACUUCUCUAUGUUGUCCGCACUCCUAUCUAGGUAUAGGCGUCUGAAGCAAUCUUUCUUCUUUUUAAUCGCUUUCUGGACAACAUCAUUCCACCACCAGGUAUCCUUAUCUUCGCUUUUCCUCCCCUUGGACACUCCAAACUCCUCUGAUGCCACCUUACAAAUGCAAGUCGCCAUCUUCAUCCACACAUUGUCCGCAUCCCCUCCUUCCUCCCAAGGGCCCUCCUGAACAAAAUCCGUAGCGAUCAUUGAGUGAAGAGCCUACUUCCAAGUUCUGCAUGGCUGGUUGCGAAUGCACCGAGGGCUUGGAGUAUCACACCAGAUUCUUGUACAUUCUUACUACAGAUACGAUUAACAUGAGAGAUAAAACAACUCUGAAUCUGAACAGCAAUGGAAGUCGAAUCAGCAACUAGCUGCGGCCUGUAGCUUGUUCAGCACCAUCAUACAGAAUCAUCACUCGCCAGUAGCCUUCUGGUAGAGCCAAAUGCAGAGUCAGAGGGCAUCAAGCAAAACAAGGCCCGGAGUAUACACUGCAGCAUCCUAGUGAGGCAUGACGCUGCUGGAAGGCCCCGUAUUGAGAACUGAGAACACGAUACAACGGUAUAUGAAGUCCAAGGCUGAUUGGUGGACAAAUGUCGUGAGCAUAUCCGGCGUGGUGCUACAGUUGACAAGACUGUCUGCCGCCAAAAUCUUGGAAGGUUAACGCAUUUGUGGUUGAAGGCAGAACAAGAGAGGCAACACAACUACUUGAAAGAUGGGCCAUAUGUGACACCUGAAGAAGCAGUUGCUAUUUAUCCAACUAUUUCCUGUGCACAUCUUUGGCACAAGGUCCAUGAAAGUGUUGCUAUGGAUCUUUGCCAAGUUCUGGGUCAGGAGUUGGAUGCGCUGGAGAUUGAGAGAGUACAGAAGGAGACAAUACAUCCAAGGAAGAGUUGCAAGAUGAACAGUUCAUGUGCAGAUUUCCCUUUUGCUGCACAUAGAUGGCAGAUGUCCAAACCAAGCUUAUUUUGUGAGUCAAAGGAUGUCUUCGAUCAGAAAGCCAGUAACAAGCACUGGAUUGAUGUGCAACCAAGAUGGGGAGACUACAAUUCACACGACAUAGAACGUUACGCAAGAGCAAAAUUUAUGGACUACACAACACAUAAUUUGUCCAUCUACCGUUCUCGGACCGGGGUGAUGAUUGGACUUGAUCUAGUUUAUAAUUUGCACUCUGCUUUUGGUAAGUGGUUCCCCGGGUCAAAGCCCCUCCUUCAGCAAGCACUGAACAAGAUCAUGAAGUUAAAUCAUGCUCUGUAUGUGCUGAGGGAGAGAAUAAGAAAGGGUCUUCAGUUGUAUUCAUCUGAACCCACCGCCCACCGAGCCAUAUCUGUCUUCAUAGAACUACGGUACAGAGAUAUAUUCAGCAAUCAAAUCGUAUGGUUUGUGGAUGACACAAAUGUCUAUCGUGUUACCAUUCACAAAACCGAGGGUAACAUGACGGCGAAACCAAUCAAUGGUGCUAUCUUUAUUUUCAAUCCAAGAACUGGUCAACCAACUAUUUCUGAAGGUCAUCCACACAAGUGUAUGGGCAGGACAAAGCAAGUUAUUGUGACAAGGAAGGGUAUGUUGGAUCCCUUGGAAGUCAAAGCCAAUUAUUGUGACAAGGGUAUGAGCAAGCAGCAUUUGCAUCGAAGACAGAUUUGCGUGUCAGGGCCAUCUCUGCUAUGAACCUGUAUUUCCGUUUCAACCACAUUUAUGUUAACUCGGAUGAUAUAAAAGUCAGAGGAGCAAUUUAUGUUCUUCGAUUUGCCCAUAAAAUCGCCAAAUAACAACGGUCAAACUGGCUAUACUUACAUCAUGCCAAAGAAUAUAUUGAAGAAUUUGAUAUGCAUAGCAGAUCUACGGACACAGGUUGCAGGUUUCCUGUAUGGGCUGAGUCCACGGGAUAAUCCUCAAGUCAAGGAGAUGAGAUGCAUAUCCAUUCCGCCACAGCAUGGAAGUCACCAAAUGGUGACUUUGCCAGCGAAUCUACCAGAGCAUGAGAUCCUUGCUGACUUCGAGCCGUUGGGACCCAGCCGAAUGAAGCUCCUGAGCUAUCACCUCAAGGCCACGCCUGCGGACCUGAAAAGCUCUCUCGCCCGUGCCGCUCUCACGGGCGGCAAGGCGAACCCUAGCCACCGUCGGCCAGCGACCCUCCCCCGACCCUCCCUCCCACUUGCCGCCACCGGAGUGCGCCGCCGGGCGAAGCCCGGCUGGCGUGGGUGGCGGCGGGGCCUUCUUCCCCUUCUCCCAUGGCUUCCGGCGGCGCGGGACGCAGGGCCGCGGUGUGGAGCGCGUCGUUCGCGCGGGACGGCGCGACGGCGACCCGAGCGGCGUGCCAGUGGCGCGGCCGUGCGGCGGAGCGGCGGCGACUGCGUGGUUCUGGAGGCGCGGGCUUGGGCGUGGGGCGGGCGAGGUGGCUGGCUGCUUCAAGGCUUCCUCAUCAGAUCCCGGCGACAAGGGUCGCGGGCUGCGGCGGCACGGGCUGGCGGCGGUGUCCGGCUAGGCUGGGCCGACCUCUAUCAUGGUGAGGCGUGCCGGCUGGUGCGCUGGUGGCGGGGCAUAGCUGUACGGGCGCGGAGGCUGCAGAUCUGGUUGUGGUUGCGGCAUCGCCCGUGCGGUCGAUGCGGGUGGUGGUGGCGGUGGUCUCCGGGAGGGGGCGGCGGCGGUUGUCGGCCAAAUCAGCUGGGAUCUGGCCCAUGGCCGUCGGUGGGCGGUUUGGGGCUGUCCCUCAGAGUCUCGGCGGGGAUGUGGGCUGCCACGGCGUGGUGGUGGCUCAUGGCGGUGGUCUGGAUCGUGUCACGGCGGCGGCUGGUCAUGUCCAAGAGCGGCGUCGGCCGUCGGAUUUGGCAUGACAUGCUAAAAUUUUGGAGAAGAACAAGGCGUGACAUGGUGAAAAGUGCAUCAUUUGACCUCCGGUUAACAUCUUGGGCACUGGCAUCAUUGGGCCAGCAGUCUGAAGGCAUCCCACGCCAGAGACCUGACGUCACCGGCACAUCACCUUUACCUCGUGAUCGAAUAUUCUCAUGGCCAUGGAGGAGAGGCGGCGAGCGGAGAAGGCCGAGGAGGGGCUGAGGACGGACAUGUAGCUUAGCUGCUGGGGCCCCCAAAUUAGGAGUACUAGCAGCUGGGGGUGUUGAGUUCGUUGCAGCUUGUGCUUAUGUUAUGUGACAAUCCCCAGACGAUCGGUUGUAAAGAUACCAUGAUGAUGACGAUGAUGAAAAUUUUGGCUAUGAGUUUACAUCACCCUCUAUGUUCAUGUGCUUCUAUGACUAGUUUCCGAACAAAAGGCGAACGGCCAAUCUUUAUCAAGAGAGGAAGAAAGUUCAGAGUUUCACAGGGAGAGUAACUCAGCAAAGCAAGCAGACAGGCAUACUCAUUCAUUCGGAAUCACCACGCAUCUAACACGGUAAUUGCCUUUGGCUCCUAGGAGCCAAAACACCGCGUCCGCGUAUAUAGUUCUGUAUUGCAGGGGUCAAUGGUGCAAUAGUAGUGCAGUUGAUCUGGCCAUCGUAAAAUCAAUCAAAUUAUGACUAUCUAUCUAUGCCUGCUGAAUGACAGAGUCGAAAGAAGAAGAGAAAUGCAUGGGACCCAAUUCAGAAGACAUAGAUUGCCUCGACGUUGUCGAUGAGAAUUCCCUCAAGUCCAAGGAAUACCUGUGGGCGCUGUACGAGUACUGGUGCGAGUAUCAUGAGCUAUCGCGCGGCCCUGCCGAGAUGCGCCGCCGGUUCAAGACAUUUAGCAAGACGGCGAGGCGUGUGCAUGAAGUCAACAAGUCGGGCGCGAGCUACAAGUUAAGACUCAACCAGUUUGCAGAUAUGAGCCUGGCAGAGAUCAAGAGGCAUUUUCCUCUGAUGCGGCCGGAUCAUUUGGGUUAGGGUUCCUAGCUAGUUAGAUCAUUUGAGUUCAAUAAAAGCUGUAUUUCCUGCAUCUGGUACGUGCUGCUGCAUGUGUAUUGGAGGAACAUC